AAUAGGGUCUAAUUGAUUAUUGUUGUGAAUGAAAAAACCAAACCAUCACUGUUAUAUACUCCCAAAAAGAGAGAACGGAAAACGUACCAUUCCUAAUUUGUAAUUUUCCCCGGGCGAAUUAAAUGGUAUCUGAGUACAUUUUCAGAGCAAAACUAGCAAAUGGACCAUUCUGGCCAUUAUCAGAACUUAUUAACAAGUUCAGAAACAAAAAGCCAUUGCCCUUCCCAAGGACCAUCACCUAUCCCUUUACAAGAUUCCUCAUCCUUUCACCAUCACCACCACUCUGCUCUCCUUUCCCUCCCCAAAGGUAAAGUACUGUUUCCCGCCAAAAAUGACCUUUAUCUUCUCACUCUCCCUCUUUUUCACCGCCACAAAGUUCCACCACAUGAAAGAAGAGAACAAGAAACACACAUAACAGAAGUAAAGGGAAGGAACCAAAAAAUGAAGGGCACUUCCAAAGUGAUAAUGGGAGCAACCUUGGUAAUGGUGGUAACCCUUGCCAUUGUUCUAGCCCUCAUACUUGUGCUGCUAGCUGAACUCUACUGUUCUCUCUUACUUCGCCGCCGCAAGCUCAGAAACACCAACUCCAACACACUUCCCACCACCGCCACGACAGCCACUGCGCCUUCCCCUUCACACUCCCCACGACACUCUCCUCCUCCACCACCACCCUUCACCAGCAUUUAUGCACAAGGGGUCCUCCAAGCUCCUAGAACCGUCCUUUUUCCUUGCACGGAACAGGACAUGGCUGAACCAAAGAAGCAGGGGAUUCAUGUCCAAACGCAGGAAUCAAAUGCCAGCACACUUAGUGGCAUUGGACUCGUUUCAAUUUCACCAUCACCACUAUCAUCCUUCAUCUCCAGGGCUCCUCCAAAGCCAGUUCAUCAAGAAAAGAGUAGUGAGGGUGAAGAAGUUGCAUGUGGUGGUGGUGGUGGUGGGGAGCACCUCGUGUACAUUUCAAACCCCAUUUAUGAAAAUGAAGAGGGUGAAACAAGUGGGGCAGCGAAUACCCCAUUUGAGACACCGGAGAGUUCACCUUCUCAUUUCGAAAGAAGCUGUUCUAGUUCUGGGGAUGAUGAUGAUGCUGAUGCUGCUGCUGCUGCUGCUGCUGAUGAUGAUGAAGCUGAACAAACAUCUCCAUACACACCUCCUCUGACUCCGAUGAAGAAGCUCCCUGCAGAGGGUUCCUCUGUUUCUCUUAGAGAUGCUAGGUCCUUAGGUACUUCAGGCAGCGAUUCUCGUAGUGUUAAUGGUCCCUCUUCUUCUUCCUCUGCCUCCCCUUGUACUUCUCCUUCUUGGUGAAUUUUAUUCACCAAUGACCUAGUUAGAUUGUGAAAGCUUUUGUUUAAUUUGUUUUUUUUUUUGGAUCUCUUUUGAGGUUGUAUAACUUAGCUCUAGUGCUAAAUAACCUUAUCCUAAUGACCUAAUCUAAUUCACCUUGUACUUCUCCGUGUAGUGAAUUUAACAUAAGUGUUUGGUUAUUUUUACUUCGAAAAAUGUUACCAUGACACGUUCAAUACUCUCAUUCAUUGGUUGAAGUUCAUGCGCACUAAACUACAAGACCAUUUCCAAUUUAGUAAGACUCGGAUGAAUUUCAAUGAAUAAAAGAGAGAAUAUUG